AUGAGCUCUCAAGGCAUGACUCGAAAAAGACCCGCCCCAGGCACAGCCCCUGCCGGACACCCUCAGAUGGGCGCAGUACCGAACUAUCAGCCCUCCAACCCCAACUCUCAACUCUCGAAUGACCAGUUCCUCCAAUGGGGACAGAAUCCUUCUACCAAUACCGUCAACCCAUCCUCCUACGCUGAUCCGUCCACAUAUAUCCCGGCAUCGUAUACAGGAAAUCAAGACUCGUCUGGCUCGAAUGGGGGGACCUCAAAUCAAUUGACGCGUCGCCAACAGCCAAACCAGCUGGUCAGCCGCAACCGUGGGUACGAGCAAUCCCCUGCAACCUACCCGGACCAAAAUUCAGGGCAAAACCCUGGAGAGGGCGCCUGGGGUGAGUCUCUGGAGGAGCUAUAUCAGCGGGCUUUGACUGCGAAGAGAGAGGCGCAAGCGAAGAGGAAACAAAUCCCACCAUUCGUGCAGAAGCUGAGCAGCUUUUUGGACGAAUCGAAGAAUACGGAACUGAUCCGUUGGUCUGAUGAUGGUAAUUCAUUCAUUGUCUUGGACGAAGAUGAAUUUGCAAGGACUCUCAUCCCGGAGCUGUUCAAACACAAUAACUACGCUUCGUUCGUUCGACAAUUGAACAUGUAUGGAUUUCACAAGAAGGUGGGAUUAUCAGACAACUCAAUGCGCGCAAGCGAGCGCAAGAACAAGAGCCCCUCCGAGUAUGCCAACCCAUACUUUAAACGGGGCCAUCCAGACCUGCUGUGGUUGAUCUCCAAACCGAAGAAUGCCGCUGGUCAUAGCAGCAAGGGUAGCAAAAGUGGCCCUCGUGUGAAGACUGAAGACGCGGAUGAGAAUGAGAUGGAGGAUUAUGGUGACGAGGGCAUAGCAACUUCUCGCGACGAGCGUGCGCGACCUCGACAACUAUCACUUUUGACUGAUACCUCCAUGCAAAAAGACCAGCUUUCCGGAGUGUAUCGAGAGCUGCAAGCCAUUCGUCAGCAGCAACAGAUAAUUUCGAACACGAUUACCAGGCUGCGGAAAGAGCAUGAGCAACUCUACGCUCAAGCAGCCAAUUUCCAGGAACAACACACCCGCCACGAGAAUUCGAUCAACGCGAUUCUUACGUUUCUCGCAACGGUGUACAAUCGCAGUUUGCAAGGUCAAGAAGGAACCCAGAACCUCGCUAAUUCAUUUGCUGGAGCCAUUUCUGGAGACCAGGGUAACAUUGUUGAUAUGGGGGAUGACUUUUCAUUCAACCCUCUGGCCAACAUGAGUAGCCCCACUGGACAACGAACCAUGAAGAAGCAGCCGCUCCUCUUGAAGGCACCGCCAUCCACGGACGAUUCUAACCGGGCAACCACCCUGUCUCCUGCGGCCAGUGGCCACUACGACACUCGAUCUCGUGGCCAUACUCGUCAGCCUAGUGCGACUCAACAUGGUCAUGUGGAGGAGGUUCUCGACAGCAGCCCACGACAGGAGUCAAUGAAUGUUUCGUCGGGACAGCAGACUGAUGAUAGCUUCCCGCAGCGAGAUAUCAUGUCCGUCAUUCAGAAUUCGAAUGCGCGCAAUGGCGUUCCCACCAGCUUCUCCGAGUUCCCCAACGUCCUUUCUUCUCUCGAAACCUCUGGUGGCAACGUCCCUCUCACACCAAACCAGCGAGCUGAUAUGCUUCGACUCAUGGCCAACGAGACUGGAGAUCCGAGUGGCUCGGCGGCUUCGAAUAGUGCUCUGGUCACACCCCACCCUCCUCCGAUGCCCCACAACUAUUCCGGCCGCCUAGCCAAUACUCGCCAGGAAAUUGAUAAUCUGGUCAAAAUGCAGGCCGAGCAGGAUCGCUCCGUUCAGAACCUGACUAACCUUCUCCAACCGCUCAGUCCAACGGGCGCCAUACCCGGCCUGGACAGCGACGGCAAUGUGCCACCCCCGCCGCUCGACCUGGACCAGAUCUUCAAUAAUGACUACUUCACCGAUUUGGGCGACUCGCACCACGACGACAAAAAACCUGUGGUAGAUGACCACUCUGGGCACGGCCCCGGCUCGGGCACGACCAACCAUGACAAUAUCGGUGCUACUCAGCUGGACGACGGCGACACCAACGACCUCUUCGACUUUGAUCAUAUCCCUGCCGACGGUGACCUUUUUGAUAGCUCCAACCAAGGCCAAGAUCACUCGGCGUACAACUACGGCUUUGACGGCUCAGGCUACGGUGCCGACUCGGGCCGUAUUGUGGAGCAGUUGACAGAUAGCGAGGCCACCAGCCCCGCAGCCGUUGACGAGCCUGAUGAUGGUGGAAGCGCGAAGCGGCGCAAAAGGGCCUGA